UUCCGGCCUGGUGGCAGAGUCCUGCUGCGAGCAUGGCUGCAGCCGCCCCUGUUCCGGUGGAGUUGGGCUUCGCCGAGGAGGCACCGGCCUGGAGGCUGCGCAGCGAGCAGUUUCCCAGCAAAGUGGGCGGGCGGCCCGCGUGGUUGGGCUUGGCGGAGCUGCCGGGGCCCGGGGCGCUGGCGUGUGCGCGCUGCGGCCGCCCGCUCGCCUUCCUGCUGCAGGUGUACGCACCGCUGCCGGGCCGGGACGACGCCUUCCACCGCAGCCUCUUUCUCUUCUGCUGUCGCGAGCCGCCGUGCUGCGCGGGCCUGCGAGUUUUUCGUAAUCAGCUACCAAGGAACAACGCAUUCUACUCCUAUGAGCCCCCUUCUGAGACAGAAGCGUUGGGUACAGAAUGUGUGAGCCUCCAGCUCAAGUCUGGAGCCCAUCUCUGUCGGGUUUGUGGUUGCUUGGCCCCUAUGACAUGCUCGAGGUGCAAACAGGCACAUUACUGCAGCAAGGAGCAUCAGACAUUAGACUGGCGGCUGGGACACAAGCAGGCUUGUACACAGUCAGACAAAAUAGACCAUAUGGUUCCAGACCACAACUUCCUGUUUCCAGAAUUUGAAAUUGUAACAGAACCAGAAGAUGACAUUUUACCCGAGGUUGUGGAAAUAGAGGAUUAUUCUGAAGUUACAGGAAGCAUGGGGGGAAUUCCUGAGGAAGAACUCGAUUCCAUGGCAAAGCACGAAUCCAAGGAAGAUCACAUAUUCCAGAAGUUUAAAUCUAAAAUAGCCCUUGAACCAGAGCAGAUUCUCAGGUAUGGAAGAGGGAUUAAACCCAUCUGGAUUUCUGGUGAAAAUAUUCCUCAAGAAAAAGAUAUUCCAGAUUGCCCGUGUGGUGCCAAGAGAAUAUUUGAAUUCCAGUUUGUCCAACUAAAGCAACCCACGAGUACUGAAGUCACCACUGCAGAAAAUACUUAUGCUACACACAAAGGAAAAAAGACAUGAAAGCUCCGGAAAGAAUAAUCAUCUUAUGGGGAACAGAUGAAUAAAUGAGAACCAAGAAAGAAUCAAUCCUGUCAGACUCAGUAAACCAACUAACUCCUAAUAAGGAUAGGAGAGAAAGCCAGCCAGAAAAAUCAAUCAAUAAAAUUUCAGGAAUCAGAUGUUUUCCAAUAAUAGUUCUAAAUGUAAAUUGUCUCAACUAUCUAAUCAAAAGACAGAGUCUCGUUGGCUUUUCUAAUCCCACCAUCUGCUGACUGUAAGAAACACACCUCAAUGGCAAAGACAUGUACAAACUGAAAGUGACUGCAAAUGAAAAUAAUAAAGUAAAUAGACACAGAAAACAAGCGGGGUAACUACACUCAUUAUCUAAGAAAGCAGGCUUCAAGCAAACAUGUGAUGCGGCUACUACAUCUUAACAAGGGGGAAUGUCCACCAAAUAGAUAUGGCGGUUGUAAAUAUUAAAAACAACAAAAACCUGAUUAGCUAAAGUGAACAGUGACCAAACUGAUUCUUUAGAGUCAAUCCUCCGAUUAGCCUUAUACUCAACUAAAAACAACAUGAAAUAGAUCCCACAUUUCCUAUACUUAAGACCAUUCUUUCCCUCAAUCUCUAGAUACUGCUCCAUUGCCAGUUUCAGGAUGACAUACAACUAAUGAAAUUAUAGUACAAAGCUGGGAACAAUGACACACAGUUUUAAUUCAGCAUUCAGAAGGCAGAGACAGAAUGAGUUUGAGACCAUAAAAAAUGAAAAAAAAAAUCAUACUAUAAAGUAUCAGCCCUAUUACGGACAGAAACAUAAGGCAGGCAAUGUCUAUAUGGUAGGACUCCACUGGGUUUGGGCUAGGAAUAUACCCUUCUACUAAUAAUGAAGCUGGCAGCCUGAGAACCUGACCUGCAUGCACAAUACACAUACAGCC